AUGCAGGAGACAACCUACGCAAGAUUUUUAUUAAAAUAAGUAGUUUUAAUAAUAUACAAAUUAUGGAGCAAGCCAAAUCUAGUUCGCCUAAGCUUUUUGUGUGCACCGCCAUAGAAAACAAGGAUGAAAUAGAAGAGAGAUACGAGAGGGCUUACAAUUACUUUCAAUCCCUGGUCACUGACUGCAGUGAAAAGGAGGCUCACGAUGCGCUCAAUAACGCUGUAUGCAAGAACCAUGAGGAGGUGUCACUAGGCAUGCUCAUGUCUAUUCUCACAGAGCCCCACAAUGCUGUCAAGUGUUACAGGGACCUUACGCUCAUCACUAGAGACGGUCUUACUUCUGUGCUGAAUAAUCUCUCCAAUUUGAUUCUCGAAAGAUAUCUGAAGUUCCAAGACACUACCCGCAAUCAGCUGCUAUGGAUUGUGAAGGAAAUGAUAAGGAAUGCAGUCAAUGGUGUGGACAGUGUUUGUUGGAACUUGAUGCGGUACGCCUCUGGAGGUGACAUUACUCCUAAGAACAUAUACUUAGUAGAAUCUCUUCUGGACAUUUACUUAGAGAACAGAGCAUGGCUGGACAAAUUCCCUGUACUUAUAUGCAUGGUUGUAUACACUUACUUAAGAUUGAUAGAAGACCACAAUAUACCACAACUUAUGCACCUGCGGCAAAAAGAAGUGAAUUUUGUUAUAACUCUUAUAAGAGAGCGUUUUGCUGAUGUGUUAACCCUGGGUAGAGAUUUAGUGAGACUUCUCCAGAAUGUUGCCCGCAUUGCUGAAUUCAAUCAACUAUGGCAAGAUAUUCUGAAUAACCCAAAGUCACUUUGCCCCACUUUUACCAAUGUGCUUCAAUUAUUACAAACAAGAACGUCCCGAAGAUACUUACAAUCAAGACUUACCCCUGAUAUGGAAAGGAAAUUAGUCUUCCUCACUUCUCAGGUCAGAUUUGGCCAUCAUAAAAAAUACCAAGAGUGGUUCCAAAGGCAGUACUUGGCUACACCAGAAUCACAAUCUCUCAGGAGUGACAUGAUUAGAUUCAUUGUUGGAGUUAUACAUCCAACAAAUGAGUUGCUUUGUUCUGAUAUCAUUCCAAGAUGGGCUGUCAUUGGCUGGCUCCUCACAACCUGUACUUCCAAUGUAGCAGCCUCAAAUGCUAAGCUAGCACUAUUUUAUGACUGGUUAUUUUAUGACCCUGAAAAGGACAACAUAAUGAACAUAGAACCAGCAAUUUUGGUGAUGCAUCACUCAAUGAGGUCACACCCAGCUGUCACUGCCACUCUGUUGGACUUCCUAUGCCGAAUCAUUCCAAAUUUCCACCCUCCUUAUGCAGAUAAAGUAAGGCAAGGGAUAUUUAAUUCUCUUCAGCAAAUAAUUGAGAAAAGAGUAUUGCCUAAUUUACACCCUUUAUUUGAUUCACCUAAGUUGGAUAGAGAGCUCCGCACUACUGUGAGGGAAACCUUUAAAGAGUUCUGCACAAAUGGGAAUGGUGAAGGAGUAUCAGGAAUGAAAGAAGAAGGCAAUGAAGAGAUCCCUAGAGGAGGUCCUGAUGAGCCUGCAUUUUCCGACGAUGAGGAAGAUCCUCCACCAAUUAUUGCAGAAGACACUGAUGACGAUGACUUGCCUUUAUCAGAAGUGCGUGCAAGAGAACGACCAGAAUUGGCUGCAGCAUUACCACUUUUAUUGCGACCACUUGCCGAAACACUUUUAGAUGAACGUACAAGUAGUGCUGCUACAGCAUUAUUGAAUGCUUGUAAUGCACCAAUGCCUACACCUGCUGCCCUGGCAGACUUGUUCAUUGCCACAAUGCAGGAAGCACCACCACUGCAUGUCUCUGGCAACCCAACGCAAGCAGAGCUCGAUUCAGCUAUAAAUUCACCCAUAUUUGCCAUGUUCCCUUUUAUGUCAGGCUCAGAAGACCGACGUAAAUUAGUAAUGGAAACAUUCAAAGAGAUACAAGCACAAGGCACUUACCAUGCAGUGGGGUAUAGUUUGCUUUUUUAUUUGAGGGUAUGUUACGAACGAGAUCGUCGCGCUGAGCGCGAUGCAGCCAAAAGGCGAAAUGUAAAAUUCAAAACUGAUCUAUAUAGAGAUUACUGUAGUCAUUUAGAACUAAAAAUAGCCGAAAGUAUAGCAGAUGAUUUUGAAAAAUGUCAAGAAUGUGACCCAAAUGUUUUAGUGUGGUUGAUACCAGAUGUUUACAGAGAAUUUAAAGAACAAACCCAGAACCACAUAAGGAUAUUGCAUGCCAUAGUUUCUACAUUAGAUGCUGCACAGUUGCAGCGCCUGGUAUGUCUCACAUUACAAGGUACCUUGAUGAUGUUCAAGUCUGAUGAUAUUACAACUAUGUUGUCAACAAGUCUUGGGUGGGAGACAUUUGAACAGUAUUGCUUGUGGCAACUUUUGACUGCUCACGACAUUUCUGUUGAAGAUGUCUUGCCUAUCAUUCCGAAAUUAUCAUAUAAGGAACAUGCAGAAGCUGUUACUUCAGUCCUUCUAAUGUUGAAACAAGAGAGACCUACUGCUGACGUUGUGCGACAACUGUUCUGUAGGCCACUUCUGGAAGAAGACACAUUUGUUUUGUCAACCAUUAUGUACUGGUGCCAGGACUAUGAAGAUAAAGUUGGAGACUUAGUUUCGGUGCUGUUGAGCACGAGGUACCCCGGAACUAGUCCUAACAAAAGAAAACGUCCUGGGAAACAUAGCAUUCCACCCAAUGCUCCGCCUUCAGCUGAGUUGGUUCUAGGACACUUGGAGCAAAUGCGUGUGUGCUGCGUAGAACAGGAUGAUAUGUCAAUUUUCAACAUGGAGUGUAUGCAGAAAGCAUUGCAGCUAGCACAAUCGAAUAGUAGCGAUAGUUUAAGGAGACAAUAUAGCGAUUUGUUUACCCUGGCAUGGGAAGAUGAACUGCCCAUAUCGAGGAGAGCUAGAAAAUUAGUUGCAAAUUCGCUGCCACUUAAUCAGAAUUUGCAUUCUUCAAACGACGAGAGUGAGGAGGACGAAAUUGUUAAACCGAAACAAGCAAAACGGCGGAAGAAGGCAAUAUCUGAUAGCGAUUGACAUAUCUCUAAGAGAAACGGUAAUUUUAAACACCAAAGUGCAACUCUUCAAUACAAUAAAUAUUGAUUAAUAUGUAAUUAAUCUAAUUACAAUUAUAGGUCGUUACCUUUACGUUUAUCAAAGGUGCAUUCAAAGAAUGGUACCUUAGUUAAAUUGUCGUCUUUGCCUUUGUAAUGUGUAAAUGUAAUAUACCGUGGUCUAAUUUUCAGAUAAGUCUCGAUUGUUUUGUAAAGUUAAAUGGACAGGAUAACUUCGCAAGGACAUGUCUACGAAAAAGUUGUAUAUAGUUUACUUAAAUGUAAAUGGCGAGGCUUAAGUUAAUAAGAGUAAGGAAUAGCAUAAUAAAACUUAUUUUUUUCGUCUAUUGUUCUUUUUUAUUGACUAGGGAAUGUGCCCUAGUUUAUUAGAGAUCUGUUUUAUAUUACCAUUUUGAUUCCAUGUAAAUGCUUACCACGUUUUGUCUACAUGUCCUUGAAAGUUUAGAAACAUUGUACAGUUCACACCGUCUGUAGUCAUUUAAUUUUGUAAAGUUAAGUAUCUGGUUGUACAGAUUUUUUUAUUCGCCGUACAGUGUUGGACUUAUUUUAAUUAUAAGGACGACCAAAUUUUAAUAAAAAAGAUAUUGUAUUGAUGCAAUUUUCGAAAUACAUUUUACACUAGGAUCAAUAAAGUAUUU